GGAGCGUGCUUUUCCUGCCGAGCGCGCUCUUGUGCGCGUCCCCAGGGGGGCGGCUGUCGGGCUUACGAGUCGGUGAGAAGCUGGAUCCUCAGACGCGGCGUCCGACCAGCCGGUGGUUCCCCGGGCCGCGAGGCCGGAAAACGAGGAGGGCGGGCCCGGCUGCGGGACCGCGGCGACGACACACCGAGCGAGCGCCUGGGCCUGAGGGGAGCGAUGCUGUGGUUCCAGGGCGCCAUUCCGGCGGCCAUCGCGUCGGCUAAGAGGAGCGGCGCGGUCUUCGUGGUGUUCGUGGCAGGUGAUGAUGAGCAGUCCACGCAGAUGGCUGCAAGCUGGGAAGAUGAGAAAGUGACAGAAGCAUCUUCAAACAAUUUUGUUGCAAUUAAAAUUGAUACCAAAAGUGAAGCUUGUCUGCAAUUUUCACAAAUUUAUCCUGUAGUGUGCGUUCCAUCCAGCUUCUUUAUAGGAGACAGCGGAAUCCCUUUGGAAGUAAUAGCAGGGAGUGUUUCCGCAGAAGAACUUGUUACAAGAAUUCACAAAGUCCAACAAAUGCACUCAUCAAAAGGUGAAACAUCAGUGACAAAUGACAACCAGUCAGAAAGUUCAGUAUCUACCCCAUCUGCCUCAUUUGAACCUAAUGAUGUAUGUGAAAAUACUGAGUCCAGAAACACAGAGCAUUGUGAGACACCAGCGGCUUCUGACACAAAGUCAGAUACUGCAACAGGAGGAGAAUGCUCAGGUCAUGACAAUCCCUCCCAGGAGCCUCUUGGAUGUUCAAACCAGAAACCAGCAGAGGAUCUCACCGUCAAAGUAGAAAGACUAACAAAAAAGCUUGAAGAAAGGAGAGAAGAGAAAAGGAAGGAAGAAGAACAGAGAGAGAUUAAGAAGGAAAUUGAAAGGAGAAAAACUGGAAAGGAAAUGUUGGAUUAUAAGAGGAAACAAGAAGAGGAAUUAGCAAAAAGAAUGUUAGAAGAAAGAAGCAGAGAAAAGGCAGAAGACAGAGCGGCUCGAGAGCGCAUCAAGCAGCAGAUAGCGCUGGACCGUGCAGAGAGAGCUGCUCGUUUUGCAAAGACGAAGGAAGUAGAGGCUGCCAAAGCUGCUGCCUUGCUGGCCAGACAGGCAGGAGCAGAAGUCAAGAGGGAGUCUUCUGCUCGAGACAGAAGCACCAUUGCAAGAAUUCAGUUCCGGCUGCCUGAUGGCUCUUCCUUUACAAGUCAGUUUCCUUCUGAUGCGCCGUUAGAAGAAGCAAGGCAGUUCGCUGCACAGACUGUUGGCAACACUUAUGGUAAUUUUUCGCUAGCAACCAUGUUUCCCAGGAGGGAGUUCACCAGAGAAGACUACAAGAGGAAGCUGCUGGACCUGGAGCUCGCACCCAGUGCCUCCGUGGUGCUGCUGCCAGCAGGACGACCAGCCACAUCUAUUGUCCACUCUUCCAGUAGAGACAUUUGGACAUUACUGGGGACGGUGCUUUAUCCAUUCCUGGCCAUAUGGAGACUAAUUAGCAACUUUUUAUUUAGUAAUCCUCCUCCUGCACAGACUUCAGCAAGAGCCACAUCCACAGAGCCUUCAAACCCUGUGUCAUCCAGCAAGUCAGAGAAAAGGGAACCAGUCCGAAAAAGAGUGCUGGAAAAACGAGGGGAGGACUUUAAAAAGGAAGGAAAAAUAUAUAGACUGAGGACUCAAGAUGACGGCGAAGACGAAAACAACACCUGGAACGGAAACUCUACGCAGCAGAUGUAGUGUAGCAGGCACAGUGUGUGCAGUCUUCACUCUUUCCCUUAGGGUUCCACUCAGCUAGACCUUUGCUGGAGAAGUGAAUCUGCUUGUUUUCAGACCAUGUACACAGCCUUUAUUUCUGCUUAGAGGUUAUGAGUUAAAGUUUAACCUGAAAAUGUCAGAACAGACAUAGCUGGAUGCUAGGUCCUUGUAUAGGGAAACCAGCUGCUCUCCCAGCCACCUACCAGUUCCUGCUCAAACUUUACAGCCCUCUAGCCCAAUGUUUCAUUUAGAAUACUUUUUGCUUCAAGAUUUUUAAGCCACACAAAGUAAUUGGUAUGUCACUGGGUAAUCUGACCUUAGAGCACUCUGCUAGCUGACCAGGUGAUAACCAGUGUUUAGCGUUUCUCUUUGCACUCAUCAACAACAAACAAAAUCUUGUAGUUUUUGAUCUUACUUAAACCUUGAAUAAAAAAAAGUUUUCUAAAAAUGAGAAUAAUCUUAUUUUUGCUGUAAGCAUCUUUCUGUUGUACAGGGCUGUGUCAAGGUCACUUUUGUCUGACUUUUUCCUCCCAGUGCUGCCCUGAAGAUGUCAGCAAAAUGACUGGCUACCUUUUCUUUGAAAUGUAAAAAUUUAGGGAUUCUAAAUGUUAUGGAGACCAAAUCCCAAGUGUCCUAGGUCACUGAGGUAUUUAUUUGUUUUGUAAUCUGUUCUCAUCGAUGCCAAGCAGUCGAGAAUGGCCAGUCUGCAGCUUAAUUUGCACACUCACAUUUGUUAUAAAGUUUCACAUUUCUAGGACCGAGUAUAGACUAGGGUAGAGACUAAAGCAAACCUUCCUUCACUGAGGUUAUUCCUAAGAGUGUGGAAGACAUUCUCUAAUUGAACUUCUUCCACUAAAAGUUGUAAUGUUUGAACCAUGGGCUGGGUAUGUGUGACAGUUCCUCUGUUCUUAGAGUAACUGCGUGUCAAGGAAGACUGACUUGGAUUUGUGAUUGGAGGGAGAGCUUUCUCCCCUGUGGGAUAAUAGGUUUGUAAGAUGGGAGUGUUGGCAGGAAGUAGAGUGGCUGCUGAGCUGCUGGGGGCAGCAGAACCUUUCUGAAAACAUGCCCAGAAACUUUAAUGUUUCAUACUUUAACAAUAACCUUUUCUAAUUAGUGAUGAUCAUCAUUGCAAAAGUUUAGCUAUUACUAAUUUAAUUUAAAAACUGGAAACAACUAAAUGCUCUCUGUGGAUGUAAUUUCUGCUGAGAAGUGGUACACACUAAUCCAGCACUUGCCAUGUUUACUGAAUGCCUGCUGUGUGUUAGUGAAAAGAAGGUAGGAGACCUAGCAUAGGCUGAGUCCGACUAUAUGUCCUAGUUUUCUUGUAGUCUUGAAUUUUUUCAGUCUUCUGCAUUGAUCAUAUUAUUUACAUUAUUUAAAGAGAGUUUUGCCAGGUGUCGUUGGUGGCUCACACUUAAAAUCCCAGCACUUAGGAGUCAGAGGCAGUCUAAUUCAGGGGCCAUCGUGGUCUACAUAGCAAGUUCAGGCCAGCCAGGGCUACAAGAUAAAACCUUGUCUCAAAAACAACAAAAAUGUGAGUUUUAAUUUGCUAGCAACCGAUUGAUUUAAAAUCCAGUCUUCUAAAAAUGCAGCAAGCUGGGUGUGGCAUCUCAUGUUUGUAGUCCGAGUACUUGGGAGGCAGAGGCAGGAGUAUCAAAAUUUCAAGAUUAUCCUCAGUCAAGUCCAGCAUAGGCUGAAUAAGAUCCUGUCUCCACAACAGCAAGUCAAUAUAUGAUUUUUUAAAAAAUACUUGUCAAGUGGGUAUGAAUCCUGGAAAAACAUUAAGUACCUCAAGUCAGUUUGUCUUGAAGAAAAUCAGAUACAAAUCUUAAAAUGUACAUAAUUCAUGUUUCAUUAAGAGGGUUCCUUCUGAACUUUAUCUCUUAAAAAAGUACACAUGGUUGAAAAAGCUCCAAAAUAUAAGGUAAUGGUGUCUCUGUCAUGGCGUCAUACCCCACUACCAUUCCUCAGAGGCAACCUCUAUUAAUAAUUUCUAAUGUAAUUUUCAGAAAAAUUUUAUGCAUAUAAGCAAAUAUGUAAUGUUUAUUUUUAAAUAAAUGGGAUCAUAUUGUAUGUA